GGAAAAUUGUUUUUUUUUUUCUGUAGUUUUUUUGUAACGUUGUGUUUCAAUUAAUUCUUUAGUAACAUUAAGGGUUUUUUUCGUAUUUAUGUGAGUGUAGAGAUAACACUUUCAAAACAUUAUAUAAAAACAUAAUUUUUAUUUUUAGUUUCAUUCAGCUUUGCUUUCAGUCAUCUUUUUGGUGCAGAUUCCGCUAUUUUUUACGUUUAGUAUAACUAAAUUUCAUUCUUCAUAAUUCACUCUCAAACUUUCAACAAAAAUUUUUUUUUGUUAACUGGAAAAGAUAUGAUUAAAAACGCUUGACUUGAUGAGUGUCUCCAUUUAUCUCGUUUGAAUAAUUUGACAACAUAUUCUUACUCUUUAUUAGGAUACAAUGUAUUAGUAAACAUAGAAUAUUUUAUUUACUAUGGAAGUUUAUAAACACCAAGUCGGAGGUCAUUCACGUUUUUUGAAACUCCAAGACUCAUCUUUCGUAUUCAAACCGUAUACUGAAACGGAAUAUACGUUUUAUGAAAAGUUACAUUCGUUACAAAGUUCAUCACUGGAUGAUUCUUGUGUAUAUAAUAAACUCAAGCGUUUCGUGCCAGAAUUUUUUGGUCUGUAUGAAAUCAAAUUUGAAAAAAAACUUUCUUCCUUAUAUUUACCAUUACCAUUAUCAAAAUUGUAUUUUUCCGAACAGUUUUACAAUUUAGCAUCACAUUCUAAAUGUUUAUCUGUUCAAUUUACACAAAACAAAAAAAAAAAAUUUCCCAAAAAACAGAUUCCGCAACCAUUUGAUAAGUCGUUUUUCAAACGAAACCCUUUUCAUACCAAUUCUAUGUCUUCUUUAAACUCUAAACAUUUUAUCGUUAUUAAAUCUUUUCAAUACAUUGUUUUGGAGGAUCUUGUUUACAAGUAUGCUUAUCCUUGCGUGUUGGAUAUUAAAAUGGGAAAACGACAAAGAAAAGUGGGAGCCUCGCCACAAAAAGAAAAACGUCAGCUAGAAAAAAGUGUUGAAACUACAAGUCAUUCCCUUGGGUUUCGGUUGUGUGGAUGUCAGUUCCUUAAUAAAAGCAAAUUAGAGUCAUACGAUAAGUAUUGGGGACGAUCAUUGACUAAAGAAGCGUUAAUUGGGAACAUUCUUAGAUGGUUCUCAAACGGAAGUAGUUUCAAUUCAGAUUUAAUUAUUCCCUUAAUUUGUAAACUAAAAAAAUUACAUUCAUGCAUGUCGAAUUUACCGAGUUACCGUUUUUGGUCAUCUUCAUUAUUAUUCGUGUAUGAUGGAGGGUUAUGUGAUUCGUUUCAACGUGUUCAAUCGCUUCGUGUAAAAAUGAUAGAUUUUGCUAACACAACAGUAUUACCCGAUAACUCGACAAGAGACGAAGAUUAUCUUUUUGGGUUAAGUAACAUUAUUUUUUUGUUAGAACGGUUUGUAUUAAUAAUUCCCAAGGCGAUGUUUUUGAAUCAAAAUAAUAAUUUGUUUGCUAAAAUGGCUAAAGAUGCGAAUAUAGAUUAUACCCUAAUUGGACAAUUGCAAGAGUCAAGUAAUUUAGUUGAUAUGUUUGUGACGCAACCGGAAAAUUUUUCACUAGCUUCAUCCGUUUUUUUGUGGGCUAUUCAAUCAAAAAAUGUCAAAAUAAAGAAUUGUUUAACGUAUUCUAAUCAAAUCAACAAAAUUUUAUUCUUAAACAAAGUUAAGCUUUUUUCUCUAGUUUUUUUAUCUUUGGAAUUUUUCAUGGAUUGUUUCAUACGUGAAAAAAAACCUUUUGGUUUACGUUAUUCUUCAACCUAUAAUUUUUUGGAUACUGUCUAACAACAAUCUUCAAUUUAAACAGCUUGUUUAUGAUUCAAAUACACUGUGGAAAAAUGUAGUUUAAUUACUUUGCCACCUUACUAGAUAGUGAAUUUUCUAUAAUAUUGUAUAUUAGUUCUCGGAUUUAGUUUAAUGGAGUUCCGUUGAAGGUUAUUUGACUUUAAAGUAUCGUUAGUUAAUAAUGAGUACAUAUUGAUGUAUGUGGGGGUCAAGAAAGAGAAAACUUUUUUUCUACGUUUGUGUAAAAUUUCUUCUUUUUGGAAGCGAAUUAUGUGUUUCAUAAUAAUAUAAAACAAUUCUUGUUUAACAGGCUUAAGAAAAUUAACUGUUUAA